AUGACAAACAGCGUCUUCCCUCCUCGGCAUGUAUACUUUCCGGAGAAUGAACACGAAACCACCGUGAUAUUCCUACACGACAGGAACGGCACUGGUCCCGAUCUUGCAGACUAUUUUGCAAAAUCGACAGGCACAUCCGGAACCUUAUACGAGCAUUUCCCUCGCACUCGCUGGGUCUUUCCAUCUGCUCGAGCGAAGAAUUUCUAUUGGACGGAGGCCGAUCGACGACAGCUGAUUCAAAACAAUAAAGAUAAUACUACCGAGUGGUUUGAACUGGCUUCUCUGGAAAACGUACAGCUGGAAUCGCCGGAGCAGCUUACGACGCUACAGGAGAGCGCAACAUACAUAUUGCGGAUCAUUGACGAUGAGAUUGAACGUAUCAAACAGGUCGGUGGUAGUUCCCAGAAUAUCUUUAUAGCGGGAAUUGGGCAGGGAGCGGCGUUGGGACUUGUUGUUUUGUUAUGUGUUCACCAUGAGCUUGGUGGUUUUGUGGGAAUGGAUGGCUGGAUGCCUUUUGCGGAGACUUUGUCAGGUUUACUGGAUCAGAACCAGGUGGAUGAGGCUGGAGGGUUCUUUAAAUCAACGUUUAUCGCUGCAGCACAGCAAGCAUAUAUCCAGCAGCAGAAACAACAGCAGAAACAACAGCAAGCGUGGACGACCUACAACGCUUCCUCGACUCAUCCCUCGGCUCAUCCUUCGCCUCCGGGUAAACAGCCCGAUGACCAGCGUGCAGAAACAGAAGUCACGGCUUCCAGGGUUGUUGUACCUGAACAUGUUAAAUACACGGGUAUCUGCUUCGGCCGUUCGCAAAGACGCAGCCAGCUGGACAAGCCUGAGCUGCUGGACCAGGCUGUCAGCAUCUUGAAGCAGAUAGGGUUUUUCCGAAUUUCAUGGAAGCCAGAGCAAGAGAAUCUCGGGAAAGAAGAGGCGGCGCCAGAGCAGGUGGAGGAAAUGGCCAAUUUCUUCAAGAGUCUGAACCUUGCAGUUUAA